UCUAUAUCUUCUUGUUGAAACUAUUUAUAUUCUGAAUUUAUGGUUAAAUCUGUGGUUCAAGUAAUGUAUUGUAUCAAUGAGUAUGGAUGGUGAAGAGCAGGAUCAAGGUGAGCUCCGCCCUCAGCUCUCCCCGAUACCAAGCUCUCCUGAAAAUACACCAACCAGCUCAUAUAGAAUACAAGUAACUAAAGUCUGGACUGGGUUUGGGUUUACUACGUCGGAGGAGUCCGAGACGGAUAAAGAGAACCGUAGUAUGGAGGCUAACAGAAAUCCAAUGCAGGAUUCAAGUUCUCUACGUUUAUACCUUGAUGAAACACAGAAUGUUGCAGACGCUCCUGAGGAUAUUUUUGAGGAUGACGAAGAGAUGCCGCAGGUAAACAGACAAAGCUCUGAUCAUAUUCUCACAAGUCAGAAUGGAGAAGAGAACAAAUAUUACGGAGAUAUUCCUGUUCUCGGUUCCUCUCCUUCGCCUCAGAACAGAUAUAACAACGGUUCUCAACCCUCACAAUCCACUCCGGUCUCUCAACCUUCCGGACUCAAUAAUACAUCUAGAAAAGAAGAAUCUGCUGUAACACCUAGUCAACCCCUUGAUGAUUCUGUUAUAUUUCUCUCUCCUCCUCCAGUUAAAGAACCUAGUUAUGUGGAUAUAUCAGACGACUUUCAGGACGAGGAAUUAAACCUUGAAUUAUCCCAGACCCAGGUAAUUGACAGAGACUCCAAGAAUACGGACUCCCAACAAGAGACCAGUGACUCCCAACAAGAGACUAGGGACUCCCAACUCUCAGGAAUACUAAUACCUAACUCCCUCCUCACGACACAAACAGAUAUUGAGAAGAUGAUGGCGGACGAUGAUGACCUCCAGAACAUGACAAGUAUAAUUGAUCUGGAUGGAACCCAAUCAUCUUCUAACGACAAGGAGGAUUCUAUAGAUAUAGAAAUUUUUAAUAUCCCGCAGAGGUUGGACUUCCAUGUCCCUAGUCCUAUGAAGGACUAUCGGAGACAGUUUUGUAGUCCGCACAAAAUCAAAACAGAUUUUCCUCUGAUCAGUCCGCUCAAACUUAGCGGAGCAAAUAGGACAGGGAUACGUGGUAGUGAAUCAAGCAACAAUAACUCCGGGCUUGGGUUGGAGAAAAGACAGAAGGAGAAGGAAGCCGAACCUGCUCCUGCUCCCCUGGAGAGUAGAGAAGACGAGGUUCCUGAUCAGGAGAACAGCGUGGAAGAGAUUCUGCAGGAAGAGGUUCAGGACGCGCAGAGUCUAGGUUGUGAUUUUACUGAGACCGUGAUGAAGAGCGAGGAUCAGGACAUUAUACCGAGCAAAGAAGACGACGCCUUGAGUAGUGCGGAGCAUGAUGUAAUUAAGAGAGAUGAUAAUGAUGAUGAAGUGCUGCAUGAAGAUACAAAUGAUGUAAAGGAUGAAGUUCAGGGUGUUCUGAAGAGAAAAGCUGCUGAAGCAUUGUCUAGUGAAGAGGAAAGUAGGAAGAAAAAGGAUUUAAAGAAUACAAAGGUUCCAGAAGGGGAGUCUCGUUCUGAUUCUGGUUCAUUAACUCCGGGAUUAACUGCUCUGGACAGUUCUUCUAGACCUAUCUCAAGGUCUGAGUAUGAGCAUCCGGAUAUAUCCUGUAGUCCUAUUGUUGGUGUAAACACGGGUACAGUGAGUAUCGAAUACCAGGAGCAGAAUAAGAAGAGGAAAACAAGUACUCCUGGAAACAAGAUGAGUUCUUCCUAUUCCUCGCCACGGAAGAUUCUUAGAAUGAAGAUGAAAGAACAGGCUUCCGUUGAAACCUCCGAGGAAGAGGUUCUACAAGGGUUAAACCAACCUCGAGGUUCUCCAGAGCAGUUGGAGAUCAAGAAUGAUAAAGAGGAGGAGGCCCAGAGUAUUGAUACUCUAGUAGAGGAUAGUUUACCUCUGUUCAAAUCUCCAGGUUCUAUGGUUAAAUAUGAAAACUGUAUAAUAGAGAGGGAGGAUGGAAAGGAGUUUAAACUAGAAGAGGUCAAACAGCUGAUGAAGGAUUUGGGCUAUAGAAUUUCUGUGCUUUCUGAGACGAAAAAGCGUGUAAGUGAUGCGAGUUCAUUAUCCCGAAAUAGCAGUGAUCUGAGUGGAUAUCUUGGAGGCAGUAGUGGAGUCUCGAGUGGGGAGUCGGGUAAACGAUCAAGAUAUUCUCUGUAUCCGGAAGUGUCCAUUGAAAAGCAUAUAACUAUUUCAAAGAUUCCUAAUAUUAGAUGUCCUAAAGUAACUGUUGGUCUUGAACAAGUUCCUAAAGAGUAUCUCCAGUCUAGGAAAGCAAUUGAAACCAGUAAAGGGGAGCCCUCAAAACAAAAGGCUAAGGAAGAAAAUCUCAAAGAAUUGGAAACUCAAAAGUCUGAAAACUUGACAACAAUCGUCGAAGUCGAUGAAUCCUCGGUAUUAACAUCUAGGAAAACUUAUACCAAGGCUAGCGGUAAUGAUAAAAUUAGUUCAACUGUCGGUGGGAAGAAAAAGUUGACAAAGAAGAAGGUUCGAAAAAUAUCUGAAGAGGAAGAGGAGGAGGAGACUAGUUCUUCAGAAAGCGCUAAACCUGCUCCAACAGUUGAUAUCAACUCUUCUUCUAAUGUGUCUGAUAUAUCUGUGGGAGCAAUGGUGUUUGGUCGGUGGACGGAUCCUGCUGGAGUUUAUUUCUAUGCUGCGGAAGUGUUAGAGCUACUUAACUCGACCGAGGUUAGGGUUAGAUUCCUUGAUGAUAAAAUCGAACGUGUUCUCAAAAUUGAGAGUGAGCUAAUAAAUGUCAAAGCUUUACAUCCUCACGACGAGAUCACGGUGAAGCAUGAUAACACUGUAUAUGACGUAUCUGCCAAACUUAUGACGUUCCCUACUCUAAACAGAGCUGGAGACGUUCAAUACGAGAUAGAAAUAACGCCAACGGAUUCAGAACCACAGUUUAACGAGGACAGUAGAAUGGUUCACUUCUCGGAGGUAUCCCUGAGUGACGCCCAGGCCAGUAUGAUCAUCCGUAGAAUGGGUUUUGUUCCUGCCAGUAACAAAGUCUCUUCUGAUAUAAACUUCUGUAAUCUGAUCUUUGGAAAGAGGAAACCUCGAUCCGUGAACUCUAGUCCUGCUAGUGUAACGUCUGUAAAAGCCCAUCAAGGCUCUCCAAGUAGAACUCCGAAGAAGAAAACUCCGAGAAGAAAACGCGGCGGAUCCAAUGUAGAGGAGAGCGCGACAGCUACUGAAACUAGCGCGUCGGAACCAACUCCGCGUGGAAAGAAGACUCUUACCUAUUUAACCCAGGAGGAACUGCAGGAUAAUGAAUCUUUGUCUAAAAGGUCUCGAAAAUCUGGUUUGGCUAAUUCAUCUGUAAAAUCAAAUUUAUUUAAGGGAAUGACUUUCAUAAUUACUAGUUCAAAAUUCGAUGUAAGAAACCCUGAAGACAUGCCAGAGGUUCAGGUGAAAAAGCCAGAUUUUGACAAAAGUGUAAUUCGUUCUGCUAUUCAUGCCGGCGGAGGUAGAAUACUUGAGAGUUUCCCUGGACCGGAGAAUUUACAUGAGACACUAAACGACGUUGUUAUAACAUUAUCAGACAGCAUGUGUGUAACCUAUACCUACCUUAUAUCCCUAGCACACUCAGUUCCUAUUCUUAGCUACAGAUUUAUCCUGGAUUCAGUUUCUCUCGGUAAACUGGUGGAACGAGACAUAUAUUUUCUUCCUGCCGGUAACUCCACUCUUCUCUUAGAAGAUGUUGAACAGUUUAAGGAUUACACCAAGGAUCUAGCCUUAUAUGAAUGUUUACUUCCUUCUCCCCCUGCCACCUCGACCAGGCUCUCCAACAAGUUCAAGGACGCUGAAACCAUCUCACACAAGAAGAUUCUCUCCGGUCUUAAUGUUCUGAUCAUCAGUAAGAACAAGGAGUUUACUGUAGACUGGCAGAGUGUUCUUGUUGCUAUGGGAGCAACUGUACACAAGAGGUUUAGUAAUUCUGACCGGCUCAGUCAGAUUAGAAUACCGGAUGUAGUUGUGGCGGACAGUGUUGCACCUCAACCUUUACUCCAGGAUCUGCAGAAGAUACCGGAUUUACCCAUAGUCAACACUAACUGGGUCAUUCAGUGCGUGGUGAAUAACGCAAGAGUUGCGUACGGGAACUUCAUCACAAGCUGCGUAAAAUAACUUCAUUAAAAAACACAUCUUCUCCCCUUCCGUCUAAUUUUUAGGAAAAUUGUCUUGGCUUCCAUGCAUUCCUUAGUUUUAUUUUGAGGCAGCAUCCUGCACUGAAGUUAAACAAGUAGUGACUGAAGUUUUGUACUCUGCAUGUUAAUUGUGUUAAGCCCGAUAAAAUUUUAGAUCUCCAUGUUUUAUUGUUUACUGUUAAAACAUGUUGCCAAUUGUUCCCAAAACUAUAAUUUUACUAGAUACAUUGCAUAUUUUGUCCAGGGUUAUUGUCUACAACGUUUCUUGUCUAUAUUUCUACCAUAAAUCCUGUUAAUAUGUCUAAAACAUAUCUUGUCUAUUGUCUGCCACAUCUCUACAUUUUUACCCUAAAUUCCGUCUACAUGUCUUCAAUAGGCCAGGUCUUGUCUAUUAUAAAUAUCUCUUGUCUACCAUUCUUUCUACAUGUCAAUUUGUCUACCUAACCAUGUUCCUUUUGGUCCUAAAUCCUUUUCUACCCUUUCAAUCUGUUUACUAGCCCAGGUACACUGUACAUUGUGUUUUGUGGAUGAUCUGUAUUUCUUAAAUGCAAGAAAUCACCUUCAGACUCUUAAUCCUCAGAAAACUUCAUUAAUUUUAAUUUUUUCACAUUUUUUCAAUUUAUAAUUCGUAGAAUUCAAAACCAUCAAAUUCAAGUUAAUGUAGUAAAUGUAGUGUGAUACUCAGUUUUAAAUACCUCGUCUUCUAUUUAUUAUUUCUCUUAUCUAACUUAAUGAUUAUUGAUUAAAUUAAUAAUUAGCUACAACGCUGGAUAAUCUACGAAUUGAGUGUUAUUGUGAUAUUUGCCAACAACGGCGUAAAUUCAGUGUGAUCACUUUUAUUUGGUUUCAGA